AUGUUAAAACAUAUUGUUCAUUCUUAUCAUGGAAAACUUCAUACAUUCGAUGAUUUUUAUCGUGAUAAUACAAAUCCAAUAAAAUCACGUUUAUCAUCAAAUGAUUUAACAUCAACAAAUAAUUCGUUUUCAUCAUCAUCAGCAUCAUCUCCAACAUCACCAUGUUCUCCAAAUAGCAAUCCAUAUUCAUUUUAUAAUAUUUUUUCUGAUUUUAAACAUUCAACAACAACAGAUGUUUUACCUGAAGAAGAUGAAACUGAAGAAGAUAAUGAAAUAAUUGAAGAAGAAUCAAAUUCUACACCAGCUGUUUUUUAUCUUGAAGAAGAACAACAUAAUCAACCACAAAUAUCAUCAUCAUCAUCUUCAACAUCUAAUUGGCCUUCAUCAAUACUUAAUCGUUUUCGACAUUCAAAUAAUAAUCAUUCUAUGGUUAAACAAAAUUCAAUUAGUGAAAAUCAAAUGAAUUUAACAAAAUCACGUAAAAAUGAUUUUAUUGAUACAUCAAUAAAUAAACAUCGUUUUCUUAAACGUUCAGCAACAAUAAAUCAUACAAAUGGUUUAAUAGAUAAAAAAUUAUCUACUAAUGAUAAUUUUCCUGAAUUAUCAUUUUCAACAACAAAUGAUACUGUUAAAAAACAUCGUUCAUUUGGUUCAUUAUUUAAUUAUUUUCAUCAUCAUCAUCAUAAUCAUAAUCAUAAUCAAAAUUUAACAACAAAAAAUUCUGAUAAAUCAUAUAUAACAGAUACAUUAAAUAUAGAAAAUCUUAAUUUAAAUACAAAUGAUUUUUUACGUUCAAAAAUUAUUAAACAAAAAUCUUUGCCAUUAAGUAAUGAUAUUUAUAUACCGGUGAAUAAAUCUCCUCCAAAACCAAUUUUACCAAAACUUGCAUCUCUAUUUCAUCGUUCAUCAUUUGAACAACAUAAAUAUCGUGUGGGAAAUUUAAAAGCACGUCUUCAUCAUCGAAGACAUUCACCACCAUUAACAAAUAAUGCACCUAAAUUUCAAUGUCAAGAUUCUAAUGAACUUAUACAAGAAAUAAAACGAUCAGAAUGUCAACAACAUCAUGAUAAUGAUCAUAUGCCUUGUCGACGUCCUGUUAAACCAGUGAUUAUGAAACGUGUUCAUACAUGGCAUAAUACAUUUGAUUUACGACCAGUUGAUCAAGAUUCUUUGAAAAAUCGACGAACAAAUCAUAGUAGUGAUGAUGAUCAAGCAUUUGAAAAAUUUUUACAAGAACAUCGAACACCAAAACAAGUUAAAUCUAAAGAAAAAUCACCAAUACAACAAAGAAGAAAGAAUAGAAAUAGUUUAAAAGAUUUUAUUUGUGAUUCAUCAUCAUCAUCUGAUGAUGGUGAUGAGCAUCCAUUAGAAUUUUAUCCAAAAGUAAAUCGAUUAAUCGAUCAUGAUUUAUCAUGGCGAAAAAUUGAUGAUGAUUAUGCAUCUGAUGAAUCUAGUCAAUCAUCUUCAUCAUCUUCUUCUUCAGAAAAUGAUAGUCGAUUAAUAACAAAGAAAAAAAAUCGACAAAUAUCUGUUACUUUUCUUGAAUCACUUUCAAAAUAUGUACCAAUAGAAGAUAAACAUAUUGAUACUAAACAAUAUUUUACUCGAUCAGGAUUUAAAAAUAAAAAGAAACGAGAAGAAUUAGCACAGAAACUUUUUUCAAUAUUUGAUCAAGAUGUUUUUUCUUCAAAACUUUCAAACAAAAUAACAAUUGUUUGGAGUGGUCGUUUAACAUCAACAGCUGGUCAUUGUGCUACUCAAUAUUCUGCUCAAACAGCUACAAUUACACUUUCAAAUAAAGUUUGUAAUUCACCUGAACGUUGUCGUGAUACACUUUUACAUGAAAUGUGUCAUGCAGCUGUAUCAUUAAUUGAUGGUGUUAAGGAUGGUGGUCAUGGUCCAGUAUGGCGUAAAUGGACACGUCAAGCUGAACGAUGUUAUCCUUAUUUACCAGCUAUUUCAGUUAAACAUACUUAUGAUAUUACUUAUAAAUUUAUUUAUCGAUGUACUCAAUGUCAAUAUGAAAUUUAUCGUCAUUCGAAAUCGGUUGAUAUUGAAAUUGAUUUUUGUGGAAAAUGUAUGGGAAAAUUUCAAUUAUUAUUAAAUAAUAAUCAAACAAAUGAAGUUGCAACGCCAAAGAAAACAUUAACUCGAUAUAAUUUAUUUAUAAAAGAACAUUUUCAAACAAUGAAACAAACUCAACCUCAUUUAUCAACACCACAAUUAAUGAAACAUUUGAGUCAAGAAUAUAGAAAAAAAAUGCAACAACAAAAUGAUAUUGAUUUACCUGAUUUAGAACAAUUAAAAAUUUAA